AGAUCCACACAGCGCGAUUAACGCGUCCGCCAUGCAUCAGGCGCCGCCGGUGAAAGAAGAGUAACAGCAAACACGCCGAUUAAAUCCCGACGAAAUCACGCAGAAACCCGCGGCGAGCCAUCCGUUACCGCGACCCGACGGCCAUCAGUUUUGUGCAGCGGCGGAGAGAGAUACACCCAGACACACACAGAGAGAGAGACAGAGAUACACUGACUGAAGCUCAGGAUGGAGUGGCAGCCGGAUGAACAGGGUUUACAGCAGGUGCUGCAGUUGUUGAAGGACUCACAGUCUCCAGAUACGGCCACGCAGAGAGCCGUUCAAGAGAAACUGGAGCAGCUGAAUCAGUAUCCCGACUUCAACAACUAUCUCAUCUUUGUCCUCACCAGCCUCAAAUCUGAAGAUGAACCCACCCGUUCUCUAAGCGGUCUGAUUCUUAAGAACAACGUGAAGGCUCACUACCAGAACUUCCCUCCGGCCGUGGCCGACUUCAUCAAGAGAGAGUGUCUCAACAACAUCGGAGACCCGUCCCCGCUCAUCCGCGCCACUAUCGGUAUUCUCAUCACUACUAUCGCGUCUAAAGGUGAGCUGCAGACAUGGCCUGAACUGCUGCCUCAACUCUGCAACCUCCUCAACUCAGAGGAUUACAACACCUGCGAGGGUUCUUUCGGUGCGCUGCAGAAGAUCUGUGAGGACUCGUCUGAACUGCUGGACAGUGACGCUCUAAAUCGACCCCUCAACAUCAUGAUCCCCAAAUUCCUGCAGUUCUUCAAACACUGCAGCCCCAAGAUCAGGUCUCAUGCCAUAGCCUGUGUGAAUCAGUUCAUUAUUGGCAGGGCUCAAGCUCUCAUGGACAACAUCGACACAUUCAUAGAGUCUCUCUUUGCGUUGGCGGGUGAUGAAGACUGCGAGGUGAGGAAGAAUGUGUGCAGAGCUUUGGUCAUGCUUUUGGAGGUCCGGAUCGACCGGCUGAUACCGCACAUGCACAGUAUCAUACAGUACAUGCUGCAGCGCACACAGGACGCGGAUGAGAAUGUGGCGCUGGAGGCGUGUGAGUUCUGGCUUACACUGGCGGAGCAGCCCAUCUGUAAAGAGGCUCUGUCAGGACACCUGGUCCAACUCAUCCCCAUCCUGGUGAACGGAAUGAAGUAUUCAGAGAUUGACAUCAUUUUAUUGAAGGGAGACGUGGAGGAGGACGACACCGUUCCUGACAGCGAGCAAGACAUCAAGCCUCGCUUCCACAAGUCACGUACCGUCACGCUGCAGCACGAGGGAGGAGAGGGGGAGGAAGGAGAGGACAUCGAUGAAGACGAGGAUGAUGACGACGACACCCUGUCUGACUGGAACCUACGGAAGUGCUCUGCGGCGGCACUGGACGUGUUGGCUAAUGUCUUUCGGGACGAGCUGUUGCCGCACUUGCUCCCGCUGCUGAAGGGUUUGCUGUUUCACCCGGACUGGGUCAUCAAAGAGUCCGGGAUACUUGUGCUGGGAGCCAUCGCUGAAGGUUGUAUGCAGGGUAUGGUUCCAUACCUGCCUGAGCUCAUCCCUCACCUCAUCCAGUGUCUGUGUGAUAAGAAGGCUCUGGUUCGUUCUAUCGCCUGCUGGACGCUCAGCCGCUACGCACACUGGGUGGUGAGCCAGCCGCCGGACGCCCACCUCAAACCGCUCAUGACAGAACUGCUCAAACGCAUCCUGGACGGCAACAAGAGGGUGCAGGAAGCUGCCUGCAGUGCGUUUGCGACUCUGGAGGAGGAAGCAUGUACGGAGCUGGUUCCGUACCUCAGUUUCAUUUUGGACACUCUGGUGUUUGCGUUUGGGAAAUAUCAGCACAAGAACCUGCUCAUCCUAUAUGAUGCUAUUGGCACCUUGGCAGACUCUGUUGGACAUCAUCUGAACCAACCGGAAUACAUCCAGAAACUGAUGCCUCCACUGAUUCAGAAGUGGAAUGAAUUGAAAGACGAGGAUAAAGACCUGUUUCCUCUGCUGGAGUGUUUGUCGUCUGUGGCUACAGCAUUACAAAGCGGUUUCCUCCCGUACUGUGAGCCCGUCUAUCAGCGCUGUGUUACUCUGGUGCAGAAAACACUCGCACAAGCCAUGAUGUACAGCCAGCAGCCGGACCAGUAUGAGGCUCCAGACAAGGACUUCAUGAUAGUUGCUCUGGAUCUGCUGAGCGGUCUGGCUGAAGGUCUCGGGGGUCAUGUGGACCAGCUGGUUGCCCGUAGCAACAUCAUGACCCUUCUGUUCCAGUGUAUGCAGGACACUAUGCCUGAGGUGAGACAGAGCUCGUUUGCUUUGCUGGGUGAUCUGACCAAGGCCUGUUUUCCACAUGUCAAACCUUGCAUCGCUGAGUUCAUGCCGAUCCUGGGGACGAAUCUGAACCCUGAGUUCAUCUCUGUGUGUAAUAAUGCAACCUGGGCCAUCGGAGAGAUCUGCAUGCAGAUGGGUGUGGAGAUGCAGCCGUAUGUGGCUCUGGUUCUUCCUCAUCUGGUGGAGAUCAUUAACAGACCCAACACUCCCAAAACCUUGCUGGAGAACACAGCCAUCACGAUUGGUCGCCUGGGUUACGUCUGUCCACAGGAAGUGGCUCCCAUGUUGCAACAGUUUAUCAGACCCUGGUGCACAUCAUUACGAAAUAUCAGAGACAAUGAGGAAAAGGACUCGGCCUUCAGAGGCAUCUGCGUGAUGAUUGGUGUGAAUCCUGGCGGUGUGGUCCAGGACUUCAUCUUCUUCUGUGAUGCAGUGGCCUCCUGGGUCAAUCCUAAAGAUGACCUGAGGGACAUGUUCUACAAGAUCUUACAUGGUUUUAAGGACCAGGUCGGAGAGGAGAACUGGCAGCAGUUCUCAGAGCAGUUCCCGCCCAUCCUGAAGGAACGCCUCUCUGCAUGCUAUGGCGUGUAGCCCCGCCCC